AUGUCGUACCCAGCAAUCACACCGGCGCGUCCUGUGCCUGGCGCGUUUCUCAACACCCCCGCCGCCUCCAGGUUCCAAUCCAACGAUGACCCUGUCAGAAGGCGUCUCUUCGAUGGGAACGCAAAUCCUGCGCCCAGCAGCAGUCUCGUCCCCAGGCCAAAUCAGUCCUCCGUCACGACAUCAUCAACCUCUGGCAUGAGCGGCGGCUUGGUUCCUGCCUCGCAUGUUCAGCAGCAGGCACCCGAUGUGCCCCCUGUCACCAAGGCGGCCCAAGCCGUCAACGAGUUUCUUCAGCGGGAUCAAAACUAUCCUGAUCUAGAGUCUUAUGCCAAAUGUGAGAUAUCUCCAGCCCUUGCAUCAUCCACGCCGCCUUGA